AUGUGUUCGUUGGUGUUUGAUCUGGGCUCGAGUCAAUCUCGUAUUGGUUUCUCUGGUGACGAUGCACCCUAUGUAGUGUUCCAAAGUGUGGUUGGUCGUUAUCAUAAUCAUCAACAAGAUUCAAUUUUUUCAUCAUCAUGGGAUCCUCAAGUUCAGCUCAUUUCAACAACUCCCCAAGAUCAAUUUUUAAAAUCAUCAUCAACCAUUCCGGAAUAUUUGGAUAUUGAAUAUCCCAUCGAGAGAGGAGUGGUUACUCAUUGGGAUUCAAUGGAAUUAUUGAUAGAACACUAUUUAAAUGUUCUUGCCAAUAAGCAACAUCCGAACAAUUCAACAGCUCAAGAAGACGCCUUGACUUCCAUGAUGAUUCUAUUUACAGAACCUGCUCUCAACCCUAUUGAAAAUAGAUUGCAAUACUUUUCCUUAUUAUUUGAACGUUUUCAAGUACAGACAGCUCAAUACCAGCUCACUGGAGUAUUAUCUGUCUAUGCUUCAGGAGGAUUUUCUGCAUUCAGUAUUGAAUCUGGAGAUGGCGUGACCACUAUAUUGCCCAUCUACGAGGGACAUACCAUGCCAAGUUGUAUCAAACGAUUGGAUUUGGGAGGAAGAGAUAUCACGGAUGAGUUGAUGAAACGAUUGAUGGAGAGAGGCGAGUUGUCAUCCAUGAUGAAUAAUACUUUAUCUGCAACUAGCAACAACCAAACUUUCAAGAGCAUGAAUCAUUAUUAUCAAUGUCACGAACAAGUGAAAAAGAUCAAGGAACAACAAUGCUCCAUUAGGACAUCUUAUUGGGAAACUUAUGAUGAUACGACAUUCAAGCAAUAUGAACUUCCAGAAGGUGGUGUUUUGAAAUUGUGUGAACGAGAUUUACAAGAGUGUGGAGAGCUCAUGUUUCAACCAGAAUGUUUCAUGCACACUGACACUUCUGCCAAGAGUUUGACAGGUUUAGGAGAUUUAAUUUUCGAAGCAGUGAGUGGUGCUGGAAUUGAUUGCAGAAAAGAUUUAUAUGGAAAUCUUGUGUUGAGCGGAGGAAACACUCUCAUGUCCAACCUGGGCGCAAGAGUGAGCAGUGAAAUGAUAGCAAGAGCUCCCUCUGCUGUGAAAAUCAAAGUAGUGGCCCCUCCUGAACGGCUUCAUUCAGCAUGGAUUGGUGGCUCAAUUUUAUCCUCUCUUUCUACAUUUCAAUCACAAUGGAUUACGCGAGGAGAAUUUCAUGAAGUUGGACCUUCAGUGGUAUUUAGAAAAUCACUUGUUUAA